CAAGUUGAAGCGGUUUUGAUUCACUCUUCCUCCCCACGUCCCUUUCUCUCUCUUACUGUGUCCUACCUCAGUCUGGUAGCACGAACAUUUUUAUCACACCAUAACACUUACUUAGUUAUUUUUCCUCAGCAAAAUAAAUAAAUAAUGGCCGAUACAGCUGUAGACACGACGACCACCACCACAGAGAUUACCGCAAAGGAUCUGAAGGAGAAAAAAGAAGUUGUGGAGGAGGUGCAGGAGGAGAAGACAGAGAACGGCAGCGCUGCUGAAGACGCACCUGCUAAUGGCACGGCGACUAAUGGUGCCUCUCAUGAAGAAACCGAAAAAGAGGACAAAACAGCUGAAGAGCCAGCUGCAGAGGGGGAGGGGGAGGAGGAGAAGUCUGCUGAAGAGGAAGCAGAUGGGCAGGCAGUGAAACGUCCUGCAGAGGAGGAGGAGUCAGUUGACAUAAAGAAACAGAAGACUGAGGAGAAUGGAAAGUCCACAGAAGCUGAGGCUGAAGCCACAGCCUAGAGCUUUUUCACAGCAGAUCUCUGUUUGGUCAAUCUAACCUAGUAGAGUUUGUGCUUCUAUGUACAUUUUCAUUGUUAUCGCCCUGCCCUUAUGAAAUAUUCGUUUACACUUAAGCCUGUAACAUCAUGACCUCCCCCUUUUCUCUCCUCUUUUGUAUGAUGUUAUUUAUUGGUGUAGGAAUAACGUUUGGGUUCUGUUCUAAAAAAAAAAAAAAAAAAUUUAGAUAUUUUUUUUUAUUUUUUUUAUGCACAAGUUUAAAUGUGCAAGCACAUAUUCUACUGCGUUUUUUUGACCAGCAGAUGCAUAAUCAAAAAAAAACAAGGCGUACAAGUUGUCAUAUAUAAUGUACACCCUUUUUUUCCUUAAUGUUCUGAUGUUUAUUAUAUGAACGAUCAUAUAAUCCAGAUUUCACUUAAGACCAAAGAUAAAAGUUUUAAGCAGGGGCUAAUGAGCAACAUUUUGAUCCUGGUUGUUUUUCUGCUGCUACUAGUUAAUCCCUUGCUUUGGUUUAUCUGUUAGCACAACAGAUGGCGUCCAUGAAUAGGGCUUUUUACUGCGCAAGAGUUGAGAAGAAAAGAUAAAUUUGUCCUUUUCUGCCUAGCUUAUGUUAAUUACCCCCUCUUAAACCUUAAGAUUUUUGGUCUUUUGUUUCAUAUGCAUUCCAGAAGGUUUGUACCUUUUCACAUCCUUAUGUACAGUUUGGGUUUUUUUAAUUAUUAUUAUUUUUUUUAUUUUAGUUUUUGUAUGGGCAGUGCAGGAUGGGAAACGGUCAACAUGCUGACACUGGUGUUUUGUGUUUUGGUUGCUUUUGACCACUGCUUUGUAUAUUCUGGUUCAGGCGUAUAAAUAAAAUCACUCGUCUUUUUAAACUGA